GUGAUUUCAAAGCCUUCAUUCAUUCUUUUCCUCUCUGCAUUGGCCCUUUCUUCUUUCUGUCGCAGUUCACCUUCUAUUAUGGCGACCCAGAAUGUUCUCGUCACCGGCGGUGCCGGUUACAUCGGCAGCCAUACUGUUCUUCAGCUCUUGCUCGGCGGCUAUAAGGUCGUUGUAGUCGACAAUCUUGACAAUUCUUCUGAAAUUGCCAUCCAUAGAGUCAGGGAACUCGCCGCUGAAUUCGAGGAUAAUCUCUCCUUUCACAAGGUAGACCUCCGGGACAGAACUGCUCUUGAGAAAAUUUUUUCUUCCACACAAUUUGAUGCUGUUAUACAUUUUGCUGGCCUGAAAGCUGUUGGAGAAAGUGUGCAGAAACCAUUACUCUACUAUGACAACAACUUGAUUGGUACAAUUACUCUUCUAGAAGUAAUGGCUGCCCAUAAUUGCAAGAAGCUUGUAUUCUCAUCUUCAGCUACUGUAUACGGUUGGCCAAAGGUGGUUCCAUGUACAGAAGAGUUCCCUCUCUCUGCAAUGAACCCAUAUGGGAGAACCAAGCUUAUCAUCGAGGAUAUUUGCCGGGACAUUUACGGUGCAGAUCCUGAAUGGAAAUUGAUAUUGUUGAGAUACUUCAACCCUGUUGGUGCACAUCAGAGCGGCAAUAUUGGUGAGGAUCCUCGUGGAAUUCCAAAUAAUCUCAUGCCAUUUGUUCAGCAAGUAGCUGUUGGCAGACGCCCUGCACUGACUGUUUUUGGGAAUGAUUAUAAUACUGUUGACGGCACUGGUGUUCGUGAUUACAUUCAUGUUGUUGAUUUAGCUGAUGGGCAUAUUGCUGCCCUGCGUAAACUAAAGGAUCCUGAUAUAGGCUGUGAGGUGUAUAACUUGGGAACAGGAAAGGGAACUUCAGUUUUGGAGAUGGUUAGAGCUUUCGAAAAAGCCUCUGGAAAGAAAAUUCCUCUUGUCAUGGCUGGCCGAAGACCUGGUGAUGCUGAAAUUGUUUACGCUUCUACAGAGAAAGCAGAAAGGGAACUAAAAUGGAAGGCAAAAUAUGGCAUUGAAGAGAUGUGUCGUGAUCAAUGGAAUUGGGCCAGCAAAAAUCCUUUUGGUUAUGAACCUCAGGAGUCCGCCAAUUAACUUAGUUGCAUACAUAUUAUUUGUUUUCUCUUUUGUGAAUCCAGUCACAUCAUAGGCGAUAUGAAUUUAGGAAUCCCUUAGUUCUUUUAUUUUUAAUUUAAAGUCAGCAUAUUCAUAUUGUUUCUAGUUACAUGAAAAAUAAAGUAGUAGCUCACUGUAAUUAAGGCUUCUCUAGGUUCCUUUUUACAGGCGUCAUAGUGAGGUAGUCAUAUUAUAGAAACAUGACAGCAUAUCCUGUCCUGUGUAUCUAAACUAUACAACUUUAUAUAUAGAAUAUGACUAACAACUUCAUACUGUUACAUUGCCA